AUGGUAAAGUUGAAUAACAAUGAUCUCAUAUUGCUAGAACUCUAUAAAGAACAUGUAUAUUCGCGCUUCCUGUUUGAUAUAACACCAUUUUCCACGAAGACCUAUAUCGAUACUUUAAAAGACUUAAUUUAUGAACAGUUUUUGAUUAAUUUACUGAUUAUGAAUCCCGAAAAAUGUUUGGGUCGGUCUGUAACAGUGGUGCUUCGAGAGGGAACUUAUCAUGGCAUUAUUAGUCGUUUAGAUAGUGUUAGUCGGCGAAUAACUCUUCGAGAUGUAUGUGACCCUGUUAAUGGCAGAAAAUAUCCUGGACCUCGCCAUUUCUAUGUUGUAGAAAUUUUGGAAUUGAAAUUUGAUGUUGAUAAUGAAUAUCCUGAAGAAGAUGCAACACAGAGUGACACGGCCAGCUUCAGUUAUGAGGAAGAUGAACCUAAUGAAUUUGAUACAGACGAGAAAAGUGAGGAAGAUGAGAUGACACAAACUGAAAAGAACCAUUUAAACAAAGACCUGGCAAAAUCAUGUGAUAAAUUCACUAUCGUAGAAAGCAAAAGUCUCAAAGCUACUUUAGAUUUAAUUCAAAGAGAACACUCAAUUGGCUUGAAUAUAGAGAGCUUAGGAGAAGGUCGAUUUGGGACAAUUGUCUGGGUUACGAUAGCAGUGAAAUCACACGUCUAUAUUUUUGACUUUAGAACUUUGGAGAAGAAAAUUUUCAGUCUUGGACUGAAAGCCAUUUUAGAGGACUUGACUAUAACUAAAUUUAUCCAUGAUUGCCGUUUUAUAUCAGAUCUUCUCUACAACAAAUAUAAUGUGCAAUUAGCAAAUGUUUUUGAUACACAAGUUGCUGAUGUGUUUGUUCAUCGUAUAUGGCAUGGGUGUGGUCAUCGAGAUACAUGGCCAAAACACGUCCAGAACCUGGCUGCUUGUUUAUACGGUCACUUGGAACUAAGCACAGAACAGAUAUCUUGCAUCCGAAUCAGGCAAAACAGAUCAAAACAAGAAGAAGAUUUUUGGACUCAACAUCCACUUUCUGCUUCACUAGCAGAACGUCUGUAUUCAAGUGUUGUCUACAUUGAAGAACUAGGACAUUUACUAAUGAACAAAAUGAUGGUUGAAUAUUUGGCAUGUGUAGAUAUCUACCUUGGGACCACAAGGGACUUGAAUGAUUCUGAAGCUCUUUGGACAUUGAAUAAAAGAGAGUAUUUGCCGAAAUCUUUUUCUGAUCUACAUAAAUUUACUCAUGUUAUCAAAGAAAGUUUCAAAAACAAGGAAAAUCGACCAGUUUAUUUCAGACAACCCAAAAGUUGUUCUUGUAAUUCUCCAACUUCAGAUAAAGAAACUUUGCAGUCUUCUGAAAAAUUUGUAAAUGUUAAGGAUACGAAAUGUCAGAAAGCCUCCAAGGUGUUUUCUUCACAUUGUAAUAAAGUCUGUAAAAAUGGUGAAAAAUCUCCUUCAUGUAAAAAAUUGGCAGACAGCAAAGGUCAUUCAACACUUAAACACUUUUUAAAUGAUAAAAAAUCAUUAAAAGAUUGUGGAGACUUAAGCAAGAGAGAGCGUCCAUAUCAGAAAGAUUUUGAAUAUGUUAAAGAGCAGUCUCCACAGAAACAGUUUGAUAAUGUUAAAAGAACAUCUCUGCAGGAGACCUUGUGUGGUAAAGAAUGCUGCACAUGUUUUAAAGACUUCUCAAAAAACAAAGAACUUGCUUCAUAUAAAGAAUAUGAGGACUGCGAGCAGCCUCCUGCACAGUGUAAUUCAUUUUCCUCAACAAUGUUGGAAGAUCACAAAGAAACAAGGCAUCAGCCUGUUCACCUUAAAGACUACUUUAAAGACAGAGAAUCACCAUCUCAUAAAAAUUACAUGAACACUCCAGAUCCUUCACUUCAUUCCAAACGAUUCAUAAAGAACAAAGCAAUUUCAACAUCUAAAAAUUUCACAGAGCAAUCAUCAGAUGAGGAAUUAUCGGAUAGUUGCUUGGACAGCAAAAACACACCAGUCAGGAGCAUGGACUUCAGUAAUCUUAAGAAUUCUAAAGAGCCCGAAGAAGAAGAUAUUUUAGUUGAAGCUGCUCAAAAGAUUUUUCAGAAUGACUUCACACCGGGACUAAGAAAGUUUCUACAGCUAUCAUCUGAUUCUCGGUCCAAAUUAAAUUGUUGGCGGGCUGAGAAAGAAAGCAGUAGCUCAAACAUGGAGGAUUCCAAAUAUCCCUCAUGUGAUGACCAUCAGGAAACAGAGAAAGUUAGCAAUAAACUUGAUGUAGAUGACAGUUCUCGUAUAAAUUGGUCUUUAUACAAAGGGGAUGUUCAUAAUUACAAUAAUGUGAACUUUUAUCCAGCAGGCUGUACCAUUCAUCCACCAAAAAAGGGAACUAAUAGCACAAGUGGUAAAAAGUAUAGACGCUCAUAGUCAAAAUAACAAUUCUGCUGAAAACCACCACUGCCGCUGCUACCACCACUCCUUACUUGCUGAGGAGUAAAGAAAUAUUGAAGAAACUACCAAUCAGUUUUAUAAUGUUGUUGAAAUUCCUGCCACAGAUCAAAUAACCGAUUGUGUCAAAAACACAAGCUGUUUUAAAAUGUAUGAUAUUUUGUUUGUAUUAUUUUAUGAUUACAUUAUAUUGUAAAGAUUUUAUACCUAAGCACUUUUGCCAAUUGAACAGGCAUUUUUUAUGGUUUAAAUACUGUUGAAAAGACAUCAUCAUAAUUUGCUUACAUUUAUACUAUAGCUAACAGUUAUAAAAGUUAUACAUGGACAACGAACGUUAAAUCAUGAUGACGACGACAACGACAACAACUACGACUGAUGCUGCUGAUGCAUCAAUAAUUGUUCGCCCAUUCUUUCAUAAAUUGAUUAAUUCUGACUUUUUCUCUAUUGAGUUUAUUUUGGAUUUUAGUGCUGAUAUUUCUCUUUUAAUACAUUUUUAUCCAAUUACUUUUGAAUUAAAAAGUUUCUGUCUCAAUGCAUUGCGAGGUGAAAACCCCAUUGCAGGAAGAAGUUAAGGCUUCUUCUUUUCUCUAGUCUAAGUUUUCACUGUGCAAUAAAAACAUGUAUUUCUUUAACUUGGAGGGACUUUUAAUUGCCGAUAAUUAGUUCUUAUCUUAUCCUGCUAAGUAGAAAUCAUCUAUUACAUAUGAUAAUAGUCUAUCACAAAAGCAAUGUAGAAUUUUAGGUUCAGCCCAAAUUCACAGAGAAGCAGUUGCAAUGGAUUCAAGCUCAAGAUCUACUCACUUAAUCAUUUCAUUUUUUAUAGUUGAGCUUUUCUUUCUUAACAGCUCAGGCUCCCAGUCUGAAAUUUGAAGUGCCAAGCUCAAUUUUUUUUUCUUUAUAUUACUUAAACUGUUGCUGUUUCAUGUGACUAAUGGAUUUUCAUUCACACAACACUUGACAGGUUCAAUUAAUGGGAAUUGGACCUCAAAACUAGGAGUUAUUUGGUAGUUACUUUACUGUUAACAUUUAACCAUACACAGUUAAUGGAAAUAAGUACAUUAAGAUUGAACAUAACUAGUAUUUGAAGUUGAUUUGGUCUCAUUUGAUGAUUGCAUUCUUGUAAGUAGCAUCUGCAACCAAGCUUUGGAUUUUUGGGUAUGCUAUAAAGAAAACAAUUCCAAUGUUAUGGAGAGGUGCUUCCUCUGCUGCAAAAUCACAUGUGCACUGCUUAGUACUUUUGUAAAUCUGAAUUUUUACAUCUCUCUCUCUCUCACAGUGCAUUUGCCUUCUUCAAGUUAGUAUGUAAAAUGUGAAAAUCCAUCAAACUAUUCAUGUGUCAAAUUGUUGCUAACAUUAUUUUUACUUGAGGUCAGUGAACACCUAUAAAAUUUUGUGCAAGUAUCUGACAAACCAAGUUUCAUCUAGAUAUAAUUCCUAGUUGUGCUUUCAUUUGUGCUUACAAGUUCGUCUGUAAUCUAUAGACUAGAGUGGGUGAAAUAAACUCCAUUGGGUUGACUUACAUUGUACAUUAUUUUCUCCUGCUCAUACAGUUGGCUCUGCUACUUCACUACCAUUCUAAGAUUAUGGAGAGUGGAGAAGGGGAAUAAGUUGGAACAGUACAACAGAAAAGUGUUGGCUAUAUAAUUGUCAUUGACUACCCUCUCCAAAUUGGAAUUGGUGACUCCAUUCAGGGAACAUGCACCAAUGAGGCUGAGACUUAGUAUUUUCAUCCACUAUAUCCAUUUGUCCGUGCACUUCAUAUUUUUAAAUGUGUCAAAAGCCAAUGUAAUACAAAAAGGCCUAUCAAACCAAUUACUCAAAAUACAGUACUUAGUCAACAUAGCUAACUUACAAAAUACAAGCUGGUGAUUUCCAGAAUUUGUCAUUUUGUAUUACCAUUAUAUAUAAACCUUAACAUAUAGCUGUGGCUGUGGUUAAAGAUAGACUUUUUCUUUUCAUAUUCUACCCAGCCAAUAAUAGCUCAUUUCAGAACUCAAUCAAUCAAAAGUCAUUGCCUUGAAAAGGCAUUAAACUUACUACAUGCGACACAGCCUCCUCCCCUAUGUUUUCUACCAUCUUGUUCUCUCAUUUCUAUCCUUCCUUUCACCAAGGGUUUCUAUAUGUAUUACCACAUAUACUACAAGCAGUGUGUAAUGGUGUUCUGUUAUGUUAACAAACUACUUACUUUUCAGGCUUUUAACAAUUAGCAAAAGGGUUUCAUUGUUUGCAGUCUUCCGAACACUGAUGUUCUGCAUUAUUCUGUCAUUAGCUUCAGCCAGAGAUUGUGGUUGCUCUGGGCCCCGACUAUUAUGGAAUGCAAAGUUUCUUUCUAUACAAUUAUAUUUCAAAAGCCAUGGUCAUUUUCUUUCUUUCAACAUCUAACUUAUCUGUAUCUAUACAGUACAACUGAGAUUACUGCUGCUCUUUGUACAAAUAUGUUUUUGUGUCAUCAUCAUCAUUUUAUGUCCAUUUUUCUAUGCUGGCAUGGGUUGAAUGGCUUGACAGGAACUGGCAAGGCCAGGGGCUGCACCAGGUUCCAUAGUCUCUUUUGACUAGGUUUCCAUAGCUGGAUGUCCUUCCUAAUGCCAACCACCCGACAGAGUGUAUUGGGUGCUCUUUACAUAGCACUAGCACUCACAUCAGUGCUUUAAUUAAAAACAUUUUUUUUUCCAGAGUCUGAUUAUGCUAAAUCUACUGUAGUUCUUCAAUUCUACGUUCCUCUUCAUUAUGUCUCUUGAACUAAUAUUCUCAGCAAGACAUGUUGUUAGGUCUCUAGAUUCUUCAUUUUCUACCUUAACCCAUUACCUUUUCCAUCUAUCAUAUUUGAUACACUUGAUAUAUUUCUCUGGUGUCACUGCAUCAUAUAUGAUACAAAUUCUGAAUCUUUCUUUUCAACGACCAGAGUAACUUGGGAAUUUAUGAAAGGCAAGCUUUAUAUUACUCUGAAUGUAUGAACCAAGGGCUAACUAAAAGUCUGAAAACAAGAAUGGAUAUUUAGGACAAACUUAGAAAAAUUGCUUGGACACCCAAAGGAUUAAAUCAAUAUCUGUAGAAUGGAAAUUGCUGACUUUUCUACCUCUUACAUUAAUAAUUUCCUUCAAAAAUCACAAUCAUAAAUUGUUCAGAUUAGUGAAAAUAAUGUUUUGUUUCUAGAUUUUGUGGUUAUUUCUUUGACAGUGGCACACCUAGACAUAAUUAACUUUAUAAUUUGAAUACAUUAUAUGCUGACAGUUCCCCCUAUUUUGUUAUGUGGCAAGUUUGCAGAAUUGUUGAUAACUAGUGAACCAUUUCAGAUUGGUAAGCACAUUCAUAGUUAUAGAUACUUUGUAAUUUCUGUUGUGUUGUCAAUGAAAGGAAGCACACCUGACUACUGAAAAGGCUGUUUGAUUAAAUAAUUAUGUGACUUCAGGUUGGGUCAUAUGACAUCAACAUGCAAAACUCUUGUAAUACUACUGUUGUAAAACAAUAUCUUCAUAUAUCAUUUAUAAGCCAAGUCAUUGAUAUCAAUCUUAGUUUCAUUUGGUGAUAGGAUAUCCAUAAUCAUCAGUUGUUGUACAUUGGUCUUCUGAACCUUGCCUUUCUUCCAGUUUUGAUUGAGAAUCCCACUUUUAUCUUUCUUGUCAUGCUCAGGGCAUCUUGAUCAUUGUACACCAAAACUGUUCUGUCGUUUUUUAUCAUCAAUAACAUUUUGCUUCCUUUUUGUACUGGACAUCUCCCCCUGAUAUUGUGCCAGUUGUAGGAACAUGUCAUAAAGCAGCUUCAAUACCAAAAGCCAUUGUUAAAGCUGUUCUUAUGUCCCAUCAAUGUUGAGGGGUUUUGCUUUCUUCUAGUAUAGAAAAUCAAUCAGUAAACUGAGUAGAAAUCUCAGUAAAUUGGCAUCAAAGGAUCCAAAUUUUUUUGUAAAGGUUCCUCAUCUUUACAGUCUGCAUCAUUCUUUCAUUCUGACUUAGAUGUUGAAUGGUGUGGUGGAAUCUUAGAAGGUUUUAAACUAUCUUUUUAACUCUUUGUGGAGACGCGUGGCUUAGUGGUUAGGGUGUCAAUAUCAUGAUCGUAAGAUUGUGGUUUCGAUUCCUGGACCGGGUGACGCGUUGUGUUCUUGAGCAAAACAUUUCAUUUCACGUUGCUCCAGUUCACUCAGCUAGCAAAAAUGAGUAAUGAUGCGAUGGACUGGCAUCCUUUCCAGCUGGGGAACACAUACGCCAUUGAAACCAGGCCCAUGAGCCUGGCUAGACUUUAAAAGGGCACAUUUAUUUAUUAUUAUUUUUAACUCUUUAGCAUUUAAACUAGCCUUAUCUAUUUCAAGUGUCAAUGGUGCAGGCAGCACUGCAAAUGUCAUCUUGAUAACUUAGAUAUCAUAGCUAUAAUAAUUUAUUUUACAUGGUAUGUUAAAAUAUGAUACUUGCUGUUAUUGGCAGUGACAAUCGUUAUCCAUCUGUCAUUGACUACUCUCUCUUUCGAAACCUUUAAAGAAUUAUAAAUAACAUAUGGGAGAUAGAUCUGGUGAAGAAGGUAACUUAGAAUUUUAAUUUUUUUUCCUCUCAAUAUUUCAUAGAUUAUGUCAGUAAGAAGAAGCAAACUUGACUUUAAUGAAAAGGCAGCCGUGUAAAUGAUCUUUAUCAUAUGAUCAUCAGCUUGAGUAACAUGACUUUGGUAUUCAAAACUCAUGCAACUCUACUACCAUAAAAAAAUGCUAUUACUCUUUUCUCCAUUAUGGUUAGAAAGUUGUGUCUGAGAUAGGUAUAAACAUAAUCCUGUUAUAUGGUGCACUACAUGAAUAUGAAGUUUCCAAUGAUCUCCCAGUAACUAAAUGAAGGUAACAGAAUAUUUUCUUGGUUUUUUUUCUUUUUCAUUCAUUCAUUGACAAUACAGUGUGAUUAUCAGGAAUAUAUUUAUAACUAUUUUGUUGAAUCUGAAAAGAAUACAUAAAUUUGAACUUAAAUUUUA